AUGCAUCUUAUGUACACUCUCGACGCCCAGGGCAAGCGUGUCUACACCCUCAAGAAGGUCCAGAACGGCGAGGUCACCAAGUCUGCCCACCCCGCCCGCUUCUCCCCCGAUGACAAGUACUCUCGUCACCGUGUCACCCUGAAGAAGCGCUACGGUCUCCUCCUCACCCAGCAGGCCGGCACCUCCGCUGCUCUCUAA